UUGGAGUCGAACAGGCUCUGUUUAUGUACACGGUGGAGACUCUCUCAAAUCGCUACGCUCGUAUAAAUCAGAGUCUGAAGACAGUUGAAGUGCUGCUAUAUAAAGGUUACAACGUCCAACGACGUGUGGAAGAGGGUCCGUACACUAUAGACAUCCUCGACGUAGGUGCCUGUCCGAAAGAGGAGGUAGGAGAGUUCGGAAAUGAUUUCGAGGUCCACACUAUCCGCCAGCAUCAGCGAAGCGUCAGGGAUCCCUUCAUUUCGGGAAACUUGACUGUACGAAAUGGAGCCGGGAUGCCGGGAACUAAUUCGCUCACAUUCAAGGUUGCGAAGUGGGAUACUGUAUCUGGGUGGAGAAGUAACUUCAUGGUAUUGAAGAUGGGGGAACUCUGUCGAGCUUACAACUUGCAUGGCGGCGCAUACAAGUCUUACUUCCUUAAGCACUUGCCCACAUGGCCGGUAAAGUGCCCCAUCUACGAUGGGACGUACCCGAUCUGCAAUCUCUCUGCUCACCACGAUACGGUUGCAAGUUUUCCCUCCUUGCCUUACGGCCGGUUUCGCCUGCACGCAAUGGGCUACUACCUACAGCAGCCCUCCCACAAGGCACCCCGUGCGUGCUCUCGCUGGGUGUUAGAAAUCGUCGAGAAGGUCUCAAGUGGAGGUUAGCAACAGGCAGGAGUGAUAGGCAUCACAGUGGUCCAAAGACCGUUGGAGGCGGCCCAAAGUUGACGGGUUUCGAGCUCUACAGUUACUAAAUGGCACUCAAACCCAUCCCAUCAAUGGAUUGCUCUCCGAAUAUAGAAUCCACUGGGGUCACACGUUCUGUUUGAAUUCUGUUAAGCAAUUGGAGCUCGGUCGCUCCACCACUCUUAUGGCCCACUGUGCACAACGGUACAACCUUGCAUCUCGGGCGCUCUCUGCGAUUCGUUCUUUCACAUGUCGCGAGCACGGCUGCACUAAAACUCUUCUGUUGUUAUUUUUCAAAGAGUGUGAAAUAAAAAGAAAAAUGUGGAUUGACUAAAGAUGCACUGU